AUGGAAUAUUCAUAUCAGUCUGAUAAGUUCAUUGAUGGCAAAGAAUGGAAUAAGCCUAAACUAAGUGAAGAAGAGAUUAAAUAAGUUUUUAAUCCCAGAAGAUCUAGAUGACAUUGAAAGAGCUUUACUGCUUUUAAAAUAAGACUAAUUCUAUACAAAGAGCGUCAGUAUUAAUAAAUCUUCCCAGCUUGAUAAGAGAUUACCCUGAAUCUCAAGAUGUACUCCUUCCUAAAAUCUUCAAGGAUGUUCUUUCAUGGGAUGAGGAACUACAGGUAGAGUGAGGAGCAUCUCUAGCAGUCAUAAUCGAAGAAGAUUUGCUUUCUCAAGAGAUGAAAGAUAAAUUUCAUAUUUUCAUUCUUGAAGCUUUAGAAUCAUGGAACAAGGCUAAUUGGGAUGUUUUAUGCGAACACUAUAUCCGACAUUUGGAUAAAUUUAAGGAUGACGAAGAAGAAAGGAGAACAAUAAUUUACAGUUUUGUUGAUUUAUGAAUGUCUCUCUGAGAACUUUCUCAAGCCAUACCAUCUCGUUGCACAGGAGCGAGACUAAUGGCUACUAUAUCAAAUAUCAUUGAUAAAGAUAUUGCAACCAAAAGAGUAGUACCUCGUCUAAUAAACUUGUGAUGAGACUUCAAUUGGGAACUAAGAAAAGCAGUCGCUGGCCAUCUCUCUUGCAUAUUCAACUUACUUUCUCCCGAAGAGUGAGAUAGUACUUUCUUUGAAAUUAUGGUUGAUUUGCUUGAUGACGAGGAAAGUGAAGUUAAAAAUUUUGCAAUAGAAGGGUUCUUCAACAAUAUUGACAAAUUUUCUCCCCAAAAAGUUGAAGAUAACUGUAUUGGAAUCAUCUCUGAUCUUAUAAAGAAUGAGGAAAAUACUGAAUUUUUAAAUGAUUGCAUAGAAAUUGCUAUAGAGAAAAGCGAAGUUCUUCGAAAGCAUUUUGGGUCUCCAGAAUAUAUGCAACAAGAAGGCAGCGAAUUAACAAAUUGAAUAUUAUUUAAAAGCCCAUGAUUGGUAGAAACAUUAGGUGUUGAGUAUUUUAUGGAAAACAUAUUUGAAUACUAUCAACUGUUGCUGGAAAGUGAGAGUAUUGAUGUCAGAAAAAGAAUAGCAGGAAAUUUUCAUGAAAUGAUUGAUAAAUUUGGUACUAUUAACUCGUUCAAAUAUGAUUUACACAAAAUAGUCAUCAAGCUGAUGACAGAUAAGUCUGUCGAUGUACAGGGAACAAUCUGCAUUUGAAUAGAUCAAAUCACAAAUAUACUUUGAAUAGAAAAAUUGCAAUUAUCUGAUGAUGAAGAAACUGAUAUUGAAAAAGCAUCAAGUUUUAAAUUGCUAUUUGCCAAAACAUUUUCUUGAAUGGAAGAGACUAUAAAAUCGAACUAUCGGCACUUGAUUAGGUGGAUAGAUGCUUUAUACAAAACCCUAUCGUUAUUUAAUCCAAGUUCCUUGCACAAAAAGAUUAUUCCAAUUGUUAUAGGGCACUUAAAGGGACAUAAAGAAACAAGAAAGUUUUGAAUAGAGUUUUUGGGGAGGUUGAUUUCGGAUCAGUCAAACUCCAGUUUUCAGAGAUUAGUGUGAGAUCUGUCUUCAGACCUUCCAUUUGCAUCUUCAAGCUUUACUCGAAGUAUUUAUUUAGAACUCAUUGAAGGCCUCACGGACCAUGUUUCAAAGAGAUUGUUCUGAAGUGUGUUCUUGGAUGCUUAUUUCCUGCUCUCGAAAGACAAGUGUUCGAAUGUAUUAAUUAAAUUUUGAUCAGCGACUCCAAAAAUAUACAGAAAGGUGGGAUUUGAAGAUAGCAAAUAACAGAGAAAGAAUAGUCAACAUUAUCAAAGGCAUUACAGAAAAUAAUAUUAAGCCUUCUGUGAAAGAACAAGCAGCCAAAUGCUAUGAGAAAAUAGCUUCGAUGGGCAUUGCUUCAGGAGCAAUGAAGACCCUAAGGAUAGAAGAGGAGAAGAAAAUGAUGGAGCAUGAAAAGGAUAUUUGAGAUCGAGACAAGCUUGAGUUCUAUAAAGAAAAGAAACUCUUACACAACGGUAUCAAAGGAUAUGGUAUGGAUUAUGAGUCCAAGUCUUCUUUUCCAAAAUCCUCAUCUCAGGUUAAGAUAAAGAAAACUGUCAAAAAGAAGAAAGUAGUAAAGAAAAAGAAAGCAGUAAAGAGCUAAUCGAUCAAAAUGGAGAGUGAUUUUAAUUAUUAAAAAUAUU